AGCGGCCGGCCUGAGAGCGGACGUGGGGAGAACCCCCCCGCCCCAGGAUGCCGCUGAAGGUGGUGGUGGAGCUGCAGAUCCACGCGGUCACUUGCCCUGGUGUAUUCCUGCCAGAGAAGCAUGACAUUUACCUCAGUGUCUGCAUCAUGGGCCAAUACAAGGAGACAGAAUGCCUUCCUCCAAUUUUCCCUCUCUUGUUUCAUGAGAAGAUGUGGUUUGAAAAGGUAUUUGAAAGUGCUGUAGACCCAGCUGCUGUAACAGAGAUGCUUGAAAGCAAUGUAACAACGUUUGGAUUAAUUCAACUAAUAUCUUCAGUGGGUGACAGUCUUGCUUUUUAUGAAGAGAAUACUCGAGAUUUUCUCUUCCCAGAGCCCAAGCUGACUCCUGUGUAUCCUGGUGUGGAGAGAGAGUUACUAAUGAAAACGUCUCCUAGUUUCCCAGGAAUUGCACCAAAAAUAGAGUUUUCUACAAGAACAACUAUCACUGAGCUUCCACUUCAAUAUAGAAAGCAGUUUUAUCAGGGCAGAAACACAAUGAGGAUACAAAGAUCUGCCUCUGUAUCACCCAGGCGAAGGAGCAUUUCACCAGCACGAUGUAAGACAACAAAGAAAAAAGAUAAGAUCUGUAAGAGUCUCACAAGAUUAUUAAGAUCCCGCUCUCCAUCUCCAAAUGCUACAAAGCACCUAUGUCAGUUCUGCAAAGAAAACCAACAGCAGCAAUCAAGGCUAAGCCUGGGAUCUCUUCGGUACAAAUUGGAUGCUGAAACCAGACCACCAUUUGUUGUUAGACAUGUAGACAGUUCUAACCCAUUCGGUGAAAAAACUUCGUCACAGUUACCUUAUCGAAAUCCAAAACAAAAUGUGAGCUCAGCAAAGAAUUCGCUUGAAUUUCAGUUGAAACGAGUUUUAUCUUUUGAUAGCUGUGAUGCAUCAAAUUCCUCAGUUAAGGUUAUCAGGGAACUGGAUGAACAGGCCACAUCUGAACAUGAUUCAUCAUCUCUUGAAACGGAUAAACUUGUAAAUUACCCAGGCAGUUCUCCUACUCAAGGAGAUUUGACAUUUCACCGCACAGCGUCAUUUGCAACCUCCCCACAUUACAGAUCACCUAGUCCUGUUCGGAGUCACUCUCCUCUGCAACACAGGUUAUACUCCAAUCCUCAUUUCAGUUGGGAAAAGAUCCACAAGAGAGUGCAGAAUCUCCUAACCUCAAACCAGGCAAAGCAGAGACUUUCCUUUGGAGCCACUGAUUCUGAAAUUGAUGAUGUCCUUGAAAGAAGGUCCAUCUCUUUGAGGAGUUCCCCUCAGGAUGACUCACUGGAGCAAAGAUAUUACUAAGUAGUUGUCAUCAGAAAGCAGGGACAACUCAACGACUGCUGGACUCCAAUUUGAAGAGUUGAGACGGACAUUUCCAUCUCAGAGUUGAUCAGGGGUUCAUUUUCUGUGUGGCGUUAUGUCUAAUCUCUUUCUUAAAGUGAGACUCUGUACUGUGCUGGAUAAGCACGGCUGAUUAAAUGAUUGCAGUGUGUGGCUCAGAUAUCAUUUUCAUAAGAGUGUACGUAUAUUAGCUCAUUAAGGACUAAAAAUAAUAAUAAUGGUGCUGCAGAUCUUUGGGCUUUGGUUGUUGGCAGAAUUUUCUGCAAGUAUCACAUUUGGAAUUACCUUACCUGCGACUAUUCCAGCAUUAGAACUGACUAUCUAGAAUGAGUUGCUUUUUUCAGAAGUCAGGUCUCUUCUCAAUAUAUGCACAUCAUUCUCGUUGGUGCACUUGCAUAGAGAGAGGAAACAAGACCCUUUGAAUACUGAAUUACAGUUUGACAUAUAUUUUUUCAGACAACCAGUUAAAAUGAACCUAUGUUAAACGUGUAUCCUUUCUUGAAACAUUUCUUUUAAUAAAAUAUUUCAAAUAAUUGCAUUAAAUAAAAUAAUUUUAUUUAAAAGGAAUUUGUAAUAAAAUUAUUAAGAUAGCAUCUAGAACCUUUUUCUGCAUGUUAACUGUAGGCUUGUCUGGUGAAGCAUCAUUUAUGGUGUUAUGCUAAGUUAUUAUUCAUAAUAAUACAAGAGAAUUAUUGUCAAAGGCUUGCCAAGUACAAACAAACCACACAGGGUACAGAGAAAUAAGAGAAAGUCAUAGAUGCAAACAUUGGAAAGGAAUUAUAAGAGAUCUUUGGAGGGAAACUAGAGGUUCUGCUGUAGCCCCACUAAAAUGCAUUGGAGAGAGUCAGAAUGAAAACAGUGGCAUCAUCCCUUCCAGUGCCUUGAUCCUACCAAGAUCUAUGCAUAUGGUUAGCUUUUUGCGGUGAAUGGGACUGCUCACAGUGUGUAAAGCUAAGCACAUGCUCUGUCUUUGCAGGAUGAGAGUCUAACUAAAGACUGUGAGUCCAACUGUCCUCACAGACUUAUAGACUUUAAGGGAAGGGACCAUCAUGAUCAUCUAGUCUGACCUCCAGCUAACCGUUAAAUGAACCAGUCUUACUCAUGCAGGUGGUUGGUUGUUGGCAUCCUUUCAUCUGUAAGAGACAGUGGGAAUUGCAGCCUAUGAUGUAGAUGGUUUGCAAUGUCUCAUGUGACUGAAUAGUCCAAUCCAAGAUUUGCAUGAUCUUUGGCAGUUAUUGCAAAUGUAUGUAUCUUUGUUGGGAGCGCCUUGCUUCCUACAGGCUCUUUUCUCUUCAAGCUGUAGGAGCCAGCUCCUCUCAUGGACUUUGAUACUCUGAUGGAGACGAUGGCACGACUUGUUACGAUCGCUUGCCAAGAUUUCCCAUUGGUCAGGAUCAAUUCCAAAUUCCUUCAUAUCUCGCCUGCAUGUGUCUUUAUAGCAAAGCUUGGGAGGUCCUGUUGUUCUUGUUCCCUCUGAUAGCUCCCCGUAUAGCAUGUCCUUGGAUAUACGUCCGUAUUCCAACCUACUCAGAUAGCCCAGCCAGCGCAGUCAUCUUUGCUUGAGCAGGGCUGUCACAUUUUGGUAAAUUUGCCCUUUGAAGAACCUCUGUGUUGGUGGCUUACUCAACACCAAAUGGCAGGAUAAUGUGGCGUAAACAAUGUAGGUGGAAACUGUUUAACUUUUCUCCCGAUGAGCGUAAGUUGUCCAUCUUUUCCCACCAUAUAUUAGAGUGCUGGGGACGCAAGCUUGGUACACUAGCAUUUUGGUUUUAAUAGCACUGCUCUACAGCCAAAAUGCUUCUGAAAUAAAUGUAGUCCAACUUUACUAAUUCUGGGUCACUGAGAACGAAAAUGAUGCUUAAAAUUGUUGAUUGGCUCUAGUUUUCAAGAUAUGCUAUUGGGUCAGUAUAUACGACCCUUGACUUGGGAAUGGCGGAGGAUAAGUGAGUUAUAAAGGGAAGGGAUCUCAAUUUAAACCAGAAAUGACUAAAAUACAUCUUUGACUGGAUCUAUGAAUAAAUCUAUGACUGGGUUUGGACAGUACUUGCUUUUUAGGCAAAACAAUGAAUGAUGCAAUCUGAAGCUGGUAUUGCAUCAUACAUGAUAUGAAUUGCAUCAUGUUAUUCCUAGAAGUCAUGGAUGAUGCAAUCAUAAUGAAGCUUACAUCACUCUGCUGAACAAAUUGCCCUAGAUCAGCUCUAGAAAUCAUACAGUGUCAUGCUCUCUUAUUUGUCAGUGUUUGAUUUUGCAAAGGGACACAUUUCUGUUUAGCCAAAGUGAGCAGAGAUGCCUCAUACUUGUGUGAACAGUGCAGAUAACUUCUGCUAUGUUUGUGGUGAAGUGACUUUUGCAUCAUGAAAGCGCAGUAUAACCACUAUGGUUAAGAAAGCCUAUCACCUUUAUUUUGGCUGCAAAAUUGGAGAUCAGGACAAGGGGUGGGCCCCACACAUAUGCUGCAACACUUGUGCAACAAAUCUUCGCCAGUAGUUGAACAGGAAAAGGAAAUCUAUGCCUUUUGCAGUGCCAAUGAUUUGGAGAGAGCCAACAGAUCAUACCAGCAAUUGUUACUUCUGCAUGGUGCCUCCAGUUGGGAAAGGUGUGUCAAAGAAGAAAAAGUGGACUGUGCAUUAUCCAAACAUUCCAUCAGCUAUACGCCCAGUACCCCACGGAGAAGGACUGCCGGUUCCUGAUGCACCAGAAUCAUUCUCACUUGAGUCAGAUGAGGAAGAGGAAGAGGAUGAAACUUCUGGUCCUGAAUCAUCAAUGUCACAGGACCUACAUUUUCUCCCAUCCUCCUCCUCUGAACCACACUUCAUAACACAAGGUGAACUGAAUGACCUUGUUGGGGAUUUGGAACUACCCAAGAGUAAGGCAGAGCUGUUGGGCUCCAGACUACAGCAGUGGAAUCUCCUGGCAGGUUAUCAGGGCAAAUGGAGCCCAUCAAUGCUUGCAGACUAUUGCUGGACAGUGACAAGAGAUGCUCCAUUUAAUGAAUACAAGAGACAAGCCAAGAAGCACCGAGUAGACAUUGAAUAGGACUAAACUAUGUACAUAAUAGUUUUUUGCCUUUUGUUUCAUAAUAAAUUUUAUUUAUAUAACCCUUUCGCUGAUUUUUAAAGUGUUACAUAAACAGGACAGGUGAAAUAUUAUCAUGUAAAGCAACCAUAAACACAUGAAAAGACCUAGGUUUACAAUUUAUGA